AUGGACGACGCGGAGCCUAAGGAGGAACGACGCAAGACGCCGAAGUCUGGCCGAUCAACAGGCGAGUCUAGGAAGUCAGACAAUAAGCUGUCUAAAUCCGGCCCACAAGUCUCAGCACCAUCUGAGAGCUUUCAUUGUAAGCCUCUCUUCAUCUAUCGGAAUUCGUCAGACGAACACUCAUCGAAAGAAGACACUCUGUUGUCAUUUGAUCCUAUAAAAGAGAGUAAUGGUGGUUCGCGAGGGGUUCGGAGUGGUUUGGGCGCAUCAGAUAGUUACGAACGUCGUCGCGAUGGCGCUAUCAUUUACUACAGCGGUUUGCCGUUCUGUACCGACCUGUCGGGUGACCCAGGGAAUAUUUCGCCAGCCCUCUGGAGCAACCAAGAACGGACUGACCCACCUCAACAACCUAUUCACACAAUACCUUUCCGGUCGAAAUCAGGAUCUUCCUGA